AUGGCCUGCCGCAGCCCCCCUAGCCUUAUCCAGGCGAUGCAAUCGCUUCGCCUCGGACCCUCAGUCUCCUGUCUUGCCGCCCAACCCGCAUACCUUUCCCGACCCCGGAGACAGGCGCGCAGCUAUAUGACCGAUGCAGUCGAUGGAACCGAAACGAGCGAAGCGGCAGAUAUGAGUGUGAUGACAGAUGUGAACCAAGUGAAAGCAGCGCCGCCGAUCAAGCUGCAAGAGAUCAACCCGGGAAACCCUAACGUACAGGGUCUGCGGAUCGUGCCAGCCUCGCCGGCGUACUUCUCAGGCAACCCGCGAUUCAUCGACCAAAUGCUGGAGCUGGAGACAAUCCAAGCACGAUACGCAGCGCUGCCGACAAUCUUGGCAGACGAUGCGCCGCGGAUGGCGUGGCUCAAGAUCGGGCAGCUUCGGGAACACUUGGGCGAGAUCAUCCCGGUGAAGAAGUACAAGGCCCUGCUGAAGAUCCUGCAGCGGCUGAACCGGAUCAAGCCGGAGAUGCAGCCGGACGAGGUGCGCUCCACGAUCGAGACGUUCGUGCGGCCGGGUAACCCGUUCGCUGUGCAGCAUGUGCCGCGCCCCGUUGAUGAGCAUGGCCGGGCCCGCGGCAAGGGCAAGCGGAAGGAGUCGUCGGCCGUUGUUCAGUUGGUUGAGGGCGAGGGCGAGAUUAUCAUCAAUGGCAAAUCGCUUGUUGACGUCUUCCACCGCGUCCAUGACCGUGAGAGCGCCCUGUGGGCUCUGCGCUGCACCCAGCGCAUCGAUAAGUACAAUGCCUGGAUUACUGUUCGUGGCGGUGGUCUCACUGGCCAGGCGGAGGCCAUUACAUUGGCUAUGGCGCGGGCCUUGUUGCUGCACGAGCCGGGCUUGAAACCCAUUUUGAGGAAGGCUGGUGUUGUCACGGUCGAUGCCCGUCGCGUGGAAAGGAAGAAGCCGGGCCGCGUCAAGGCUCGCAAGAUGCCUACCUGGGUCAAGCGGUGA